UCCGAGUCACGUGACCAACCGGUGUCUCCCUGGAUAAUGUUGUGAAUCAUCCAAGAGACAUUUGCUGUUAUUAUCAUUGUUGGGUUCUUAACUUCUUAUAUUUUUGUUUUUCGAAGAACAGCUGUCAUCAUGGAGUGGCUGUUCGGCAAGCGUGUCACGCCGGAGGAGAUGCUGCGGAAGAACCAGCGGGCGCUCAACCGGGCCGUCCGCGACCUCGACCGCGAGCGGGCCCGCAUGGAGCAGCAGGAGAAGAAGGUGAUCGCUGACAUCAAGAAGCUCGCCAAGGACGGACAAAUGGAUGCCGUGAAGGUGAUGGCCAAGGACCUGGUGCGGACCCGUCGGACCGUCCGCAAGUUCAUGCUGAUGAAGGCCAACAUCCAGGCGGUCAGCCUGAAGAUCACCACGCUCAAGUCGCAGAACUCGAUGGCGCAGGCAAUGAAGGGCGUCACCAAGGCCAUGUCGACGAUGAACAGGCAGUUACGGCUGCCCGAGAUCCAAAAGAUAAUGAUGGAGUUUGAGAAGCAGAGCGAGAUCAUGGACAUGAAGGAGGAGAUGAUGGAUGACGCCAUCGAUGACGCUCUGGGUGAUGACGAGGAUGAGGAGGAGAGCGAGGCGGUGGUGAACCAGGUGCUGGACGAGCUCGGUAUCGAGCUGGCCGGCAAGCUGACAGACCUGCCGACCGCCACCGGCUCGCUGAAUCCGGCCGCGGGAGCUGCCGCCAAGACGCCCGUGCUGGACGCCGACGCUGACCUGGCCGCCCGGCUCGACAGUCUGCGGCGUCAAUGAGCGGGGAGAGAGAGGGGGGAGAUGUGAUGUGGUGGGGAGAGAGGGUGGGAGGAACGGACGGUGUUCGGAGAGAUGGUGCUGCCGGUAUGCUAGGUAUAAGGAUGGAGGACAGGGAAAGGAAGAGGACCGGUUUGGGUCCAGAAGUUUUGGGACGGGAGUCGGAGAGAUGUGCUGCUGGUAUGCAGGGAUGGACAGAAGACAGGGAAAGGAAGAGGACCGGUUGGGGUCCUGGAGUGCUCCCGGCCGCCGGCGGAAUGGUAAACCGUAUGGCUGGGAUGGAGAGGACCGGUUCCGGCGGAUGUAGGUGGCGCUAGUGGGCUACCCGAGGCGCCCGGGUGGUCUUUGAUCCGUUGCACCGUUUUGAGACUCUUCCGUGCCGUCCAUACCGGCGUCAGGGGCUCCCACCUUCCCCGAGCUCCGGUCGGCCGCGUGUUGAACCGACACAGAACCAUCGGCAUGUGAGGCUUCUGGACUGCAGGAGCGUCGUCACCGGCCUGAAAUAGUAGCUCGUCGUCGUCGCUCACUUGUUACUGGACAGGUGCAGAAAUAAGAAACAUGGAUACCGUUAGAUGCCGUAGGUUCGUUGUACACUGGCGUGCGGCGGCGACACAGCGAUAUAGCUCGACAGACGGGAGAUCUGGAAGACACGCAGAAAGCUACUUCUCUAUUACUAUGAUAACCCUGGCCCCAGCUGGCUGUCUGUUGAGCUCCACUUUCGUAUAUAGGACGCAGAGUUGCUAGCGAGCCAAGUCCGAUGCUGCUGUGGUAGACCCGGGGUGCGGUAUAAUUUGGACUCUUGAUUCAUAGCUUCUAACAUUGAAUGGGGAUGAGUGUAUGUGUGUUCAUGUUAUGUCGGCCUAGUCUGUGACAUGUGACUCGACCUGUUCGUGGCAUCGGGGUAGGAGAGCGCGUUGGCAGUGUAAAUGGAGAUUUUAAAGUGAUGCUGACUUCGGUACUCAGCUGAACUGUUACCUUCCACCAUAUUUUCCGUCAUGUUUUCAAACGACCAUGCUCGUUUUCUCACGCUAAUUUCGUCGUGCCUCUGAUAACUGCCAUUCCUUCAAUUCUACCAAUACUAAAAAAAAUUGGCGACGUUACCUCUUUCGUUCGAAUGCCGGAUAGCGAAUCAUAUUUAUUCUGCGAAUCGCCGUUCGGCUUUAGCACGUCAUCACAGACAUGUGUGUGCAAAUUCGGUCGUGCCUUGUAGUCGCGCUUACUUUUCUGAAAGCGGCUGUGGACUGAUAGUGACGGUUAGUGUUUGCUGAAUGGUGUGAUUACGAUACUUUCUUAAAUUGUUUUGUCGAUAACCCUGGUGAUUUGCGACUUUUGUGCGCUAGUAUUUUUGCUCGGUAGGCAUCUGGUUUUCUAGCCCUUUCAGGUAAUGAUUUGCGGAGGGUUCAUUGACUAGGCACUAGGCAGUCCUCUUAACUAUCGUGUUUUGCGGUAGUAUGCAUAUUAAAGUAAGUACCAGAAGAAUUCCUGUUUUCUUUAUCACACCUUGGUUUUACGUGUGCAGGUCCAUCACAAUAUGUUGUUGUCGGUCGCCAAUAAAUACAUGUUUAUUUUAGCC